AAUUAAUAAUUUUAUAAAUAAACACUGUAUAAUUUGCAAGAUAUGCAUUAUAAGGUUUAAUAAUUUGGUUAUGAGUGGUGGCGCUUGAGAAAUAGAUCGCGAUAAUCACGAUCCGUUUUGGUACGAUAUGGAUACGUUAACUGACGAUCACUAUACAUUUAAGUAUAUGCACAAUCCGUAGGAUCAUUAUUAUAAGUAUCUAGUGUUUCAUUCAUAUCGAUAUAUAUAUUGUGGUAGUAGCAAUACAAUUUAGAACUAAUCACGAUACACUUGUCGUUCUCCGUUGUGUUAAAGGAAUUAGUACUUAAAAUUAAACUCAAUAUAACGCAACUCAUAAAACGUUAAUUAUCUAUUACACCAUGGUGAGAAAUAGUAAUGAAAAUAUGAAAAAAAAUCCUGUUGAGACUGCUAAUCUUAUAAGUCGACUAUUUUUUUGGUGGACAUUAAAACUAUUUAGAAAAGGUAAUCGAGGUGGACUUAAUAUGCAUGAUCUUUAUGCCCCAGCAGCUUGUGAUAAAUCCGAAAGUGUGACAAAUAAGCUGGAAACGUCAUGGAAUUAUGAAAUAGAGAAGAGUAUGAGCGAAGGGAAAACCAAGAUUUACAAUGGAUGUAAAAUGAAAUUAUCAAAACCGAAUUUCAUCAACGCAAUCCUUCGAACAUUUUGGUUAGAAAAUUUAUACAUUGGAUUACUAUUACUCUUUCAGACAGUAAUUUUACGUAGUAUACAGCCUAUUUGUCAAGCUCGUAUAAUAAGUUUUUUUAAUUCACGAAAUUUGCAACACCCAACAACACAAAAUGAAGCUUUGAGUUAUGCAGGUGCUUUUAUUACUACGACACUUGGCAUUACAUUUAUUAUGCACCACAUGAAUGUUAAGAGCCAACAACUUGGAAUGAAAAUUCGAGUUUCGUGUUCUUCACUUAUUUAUAGAAAAAGUUUACGUUUGAGUGAGUCAUCUCUUGAAAGUACUGCUGGCGGUCAAAUAAUCAAUCUUUUAAGUAAUGACGUUAACCGCUUUGAUUUGUUACCUAUGUAUUUUAAUUAUCUUUGGGUUAUGCCAAUACAAAUUAUCAUUGUUGGUUACCUAAUGUGGCAAAGUAUUGAAAUUUAUAUCCUCGUGGGUUUUGUAACGAUGUUUUUACUCUGUAUUCCGAUGCAAGGAUACGUUUUAUUACUCAGCGGGAAACUUCGAAAACUCAUCGCAAAAUUAACUGACCGCAGGAUUCAGCUUAUAAGUGAAAUAAUUGCUGGAAUUCAAGUAAUCAAAAUGUACGCAUGGGAAAAAGCAUUCAAUAAAAUGAUUUCUGAAACAAGAUUAGCUGAAGUUAAAAAAAUACAUAGCUCGUUAAAUGUUCGUGGGUUAUACAACGCUUUUAUAGUUUUUACCGAACGAACGGCACUUUUUGUGACACUUGUUACUUUUGUAUUGAUGGGAAAUUCCAUAAAAGCCGAAAUUACAUUUCAACUGUCAAGUUAUUUCUAUAUAUUAGAGGUUGUAGUAGUAAUUUAUGUUCCACAAGCACUGAUAUCAUGUAGUGAAGCUGUUAUUUCGGCAAAGAGAAUAGAAGAAUUUUUGUUACUCGAGGAAAUAACUAAAACUCAGCAAGAUUUAACAAAAAUAAUUAAGUCAACAGACAUCAUUGAUCUGGCUAGAUUAUCUCCAGUAAAAACACCGAAUGCGGUGAGAAUAGAGUUAUAUAAAGUUUCAGCUAAUUGGAUAGUUGGACAGUUGCCUCCGACAUUAUGUGAAAUAACAUUAAAUAUCAAAGGUGGAGACUUGUGCGCUUUGGUCGGUCCGGUUGGUUCGGGCAAAUCUUCAUUGCUAAAUUUGUUGUUGCAAGAGCUACCAAUUGGCGCUGGAAAAGUUGGACUUUAUCAGUUCAAAAAUGAAAACUCCAAUGAUUGUAAAUCCAAGCACGGAUUUAUACAAGACAAUCCUGAGAUGACGGUAUCAUACGCAAGUCAAAGCCCGUGGCUUUUUUCAGGAACUGUGAGAGAAAAUAUUCUUUUUGGGCUCGAUUACAAUGAUAAGCGAUAUCAAGAGGUAACAAGAGUAUGUUCACUCUUGAGAGAUUUUAAACAAUUACCUGAUGGUGACUUAACUACUGUUGGAGAACGUGGAGCAUCACUUUCAGGUGGCCAGAGAGCUAGAGUUAAUUUAGCGAGAGCAAUUUAUAAACAAGCUGAUUUGUAUCUUUUGGACGAUCCUCUAAGUGCAGUUGAUGCACGUAUUGGGCGACGUAUUUUCAAGGAGUGUAUUCUCGAAUAUCUUCGAGGAAAAACACGAAUACUUGUUACUCAUCAGCUCAGUUGUCUAAAACAAGCCGACACUAUUGGCAUGAUUAAACGGGGACAUAUAAAAUAUCAAGGCAAUUUUGAUACUUUAACGAAAACCAGUUUAGAAUUUAACAAUUUGCUAAACGCUAGGAAAAAAAAUGAUAAUGAAUCGUCUGAUAAUACCACUGAUGAGCUUGAUAUUAACAAUCUUAUUAAAGACAAAAAUAGUUUCUUGAGAUUUGAAAAAUCAAGGACUUCACAAGUUUCGGUUAAAUCUCAAGAUAGUUAUCAAAUUAUGCCCUAUCAAGAAUUUACUAUAGAAGAAGCGGAAUCUAAUGCAAGAGCUAAAUCUGAGUCAAUGGAAUCAGGGCGAUUAUCAAACAAAGUUUAUUAUAAAUAUUUUCAUGAAGGGGGAAAUAUUUAUACAAUCAUACUACUGAUAAUUGUUCAUAUUCUAUCUCAAAUAGCUACAAGUGGUGUUGAUUACUGGCUUGGCUAUUGGACAAACUUAGAAACCAUAAGAACAUCCUGUGUCAAUUUUAAAGACAACUGUUCAGUUUAUGCAAACGAAUACAAAUCUAUAGUUAAUAACACGUUUUUUCAAUCACUUUCAAUUCUUGAUGAUGACGGUUUUUUGCCUAUAACGUAUGCAAUUUACAUUUAUGCAACAUGGAUCAUAGGUUGUAUUGUAUUAACUAUCUUGCGAUGCUAUGUUUUUAUAAAUAUUUGUAUACAUGCUGGACACAAAUUACAUAAUGAUAUGUUUUCAAAUGUUCUACAAGCAACAAUGUAUUUUUUCCAUACAAAUCCUUCUGGACGAAUUUUAAACAGAUUUUCAAAAGAUGUUGGUGCAAUGGACGAAUUGCUUCCAAGAGCUAUGCUCGAAGCUCUUCAAAUACUAUUCCUCAUGAUGGGAAUAUUCGUGAUUAUUUUAAGUAUCAAUCCUUGGAUGGGUGUCCCUACUGUAAUCAUAGGAGUACUAUUUUAUUUUAUACGUAUUUAUUAUCUAAAAACAGCCCAAGAUAUAAGACGAAUGGAGGGUAUAGCAAAAAGUCCAGUUUUUUCACAUGUUAGCACUACAUUAAAUGGUUUGACGACAAUUAGAAGCCGCGGUAAAGAUGUACAGUCAAUGUUAUGUAAAGAAUUCGAUCAAUAUCAAGAUAUUCAUACAGGCGCAUGGUUUCUUGUGAUAACCACCGGAUCUGCAUUUGGGCUUAUUCUUGACUUAAUUGCUUGUAUCUUUGUCACGUGUGUUUGUUUUUCAUUAAUUCUUAUGGAUCCUGAAAAUACAUCUAGUGGAUCUGUUGGUUUAUCAAUAUCACAGGCACUGAUUUUGACGAGUAUGGUUCAAUAUGGUGUGAGACAAACUACUGUGGUAGAAUUACAAAUGACAUCAGUUGAACGAAUUAUUCAGUAUUUUGAUUUACCAAAAGAAGGAACGAUGGAGUUAUCGAAACCACCGCCAGUUAACUGGCCAUGGAAUGGACAAAUUGAAUGGAAAAAUGUUUCUAUGAGUUACAAAAAUAAUGAUCCACCAGUAUUAAAAAAUAUUGAGUUGACGAUUAAAUCAGUUUCAAAAGUGGGAGUGGUCGGUAGAACCGGAGCUGGAAAAACUUCAUUGAUAGCUGCGCUUUUCCGUUUAGUAGACGAUGGUCUGAAUGGAAAAAUAAUAAUGGAUGGUUUAGAUACAAGGAGCAUUAGUCUUCAAGAUUUACGUACAAGUAUAUCAAUAGUUCCUCAAGAACCUGUUCUCUUCUCUGAAACUUUAAGAUAUAAUCUGGAUCCAUUUGGCAAGUACACUGAUACUGCAAUGUGGGAUGCUUUAAGAGAAGUCGAAUUGAAUGACGUAACACUCGAUCAAUGGGUCACCGAAAGCGGCUCAAAUUUCAGUGUUGGUCAGCGUCAAUUAAUCUGCCUUGCACGAGCAUUGUUAAGAAAUAAUAAAAUUCUUGUUCUUGAUGAAGUCACUGCUAAUAUUGAUUCUCAAACUGAUGCUUUAAUCCAGCGAGCAAUUCGAAAAAAAUUUUCAGAUUGUACAGUAAUAACAAUAGCACAUCGUUUGAGCACAAUAAUUGACAGUGACAAAAUUUUAGUCAUGGAAAAUGGACAUGCUGCGGAGUUUGGAAGUCCGUACGAGUUACUCUUUGAAAGGCCUAACAGCUUAUUUGCUAAAAUGGUCAAUCAAACUGGAGAUGUGAUGGCUAAAAAACUUUCUGAAGAAAUUGUAAAAUACCAUUACCAACAAAUAGAUUCUGCAAAUAAUGAUAUUAAUCAACAGAAAUUUAAUAUUGACAGUCAUACAAUAGUAGAAAACUAGACAAAAGUUAUUGACCUCUUCAAGAACGUCGACGUGGUUUAGAUCUCAUACAUUUAGAGACUUUUUUUUAUCUGAAGUUGGAUCGAGUAAACGGUCUGAAAACAUUUGUGUUGUUUUUCCAUCACUUAAAAUUUUUUUUUUUAUAAAAAUUAUAAGAACGCAUUAAUCAAUUAAAGUGAGCGACUAAUGGUAUUGAUGGGGUUUAUGGUGUGUUCAGAUCCACCACCCCGGGACAUUGUAACGCCCUCAGAUACCCGGAAAAAUUGUAAUUUAUAAGAAAUUUUUUAGAAAAAAAGUAAAUAACCAAUAAAAAAAGAUGUAUGAAUUACCAAGUGCACUGGUUAAAAUAAAUUUCAAGUGAACAAAUUUUAAUGUAACGACCCGAGACGAAAAAUUCAAGUCUCUCUGAGUCUCUGAGAGUCUCUAGAAGGCUCGCUGAGUCUUGCUGAGUCUCUCUGAAUCUUCCUGAGUCUCUCUGAGUCUCCAUUUUAAAGACCAGCAGACAAUCGUGUUUCACAUGGUCUCUUUGAGUCUCCCAGAGUCUCUCAUUCAGAGACUAUGAAAGACUCAGACUAUAAAAUUUCCCAGCAAACAUUAAGUCUCCCAACACGAGACUUAAAGAGACAACUUACAGACUGUAAAAUUUUUUAAGCAAACAUGUAGUCUUUCAACACGAGACUUGGAGAGACUAGAGACUGUAAAAUUUCCCAGCAAACAUUUAGUCUCCCAACACGAGACUUACAGAGACUAAAAACUGGGAAUUUCCCAACAGCUUUAAAAUUUAUCUCUUCAACAAGACCAAACAGUAACAAAAAUUUUAUAAGUAGGGUACGUUUAUCUACGAACAAUAGUGUAUGUACAUAUAAUAAAAUUGGUACUACAUUAGGCAGUAAUAUUUUUACACGUACAAUAUUUUCGUAGGUUGGUGUAAAUUUGUAGGUUUGUGUCCAGAAAAUAAUAUUUUAAAGAUUCAUUCCGAACUGAACCUUCGAAUCGGAUAGUUUGCUUGAAAUAUCAGUGGAUAUCGUGUUGUGUUUCACAGUGUUAAAAAAAUGUUCGUUUUAGUUUUUUGGAUUAAAACCUUGCAAAAGUCUGUUAUUAACGAAAAAGACAUUUGCAUUCCAUCGAGCCCAGACGUUACAGCAGAAGUAGGGGAUAUUGUACUAUAGUGAAAUGGGGAAAAUCGAAGUCUCAAACGAAGAUUCUCCGAUACAUCAGGUCUAAAGAAGAAUUAGAAAAAAUAAAUGUUGGGGAAAGAUGGGAACAUCAUUGAUAAAGCAACAAGAAACUCGAAAAAAAAACAAUUCAACAAAAAUAUUGCAGAGAAAAAAAGUUUUAGUAAAUUCAAACUAUUAUCUCAAAAAGCUUGUAAGCAAACUGAGAAAUAUUAUAAUGAAGAACUUUUAUCGAGUUUACUUGAAAAAAAUUGCGAAGAUAAAGAUAAUUACACAGAUGACGAUGAGAUAGUAGCCGAUACAAUUCGAGAUGACAAUAAAACAUCAGAAAUCGAUGAAAUCAGUAAAUCAUGUUAUAUUUCAGUUUCCGAUAAUAGUAUUAGUACCACGUGCGAACUUUGUUCAUCAUUGCCUGUAACAUUAAUUACUGCAUAGGCUAUCAUGUGUAUGGAACAUGUUUUAAAAUUUUUAAAGACUAUACAUUAUCAGAAAGUAUCUAUUGAAAAAGCAAAUAGUAGUGUAAGUAAUGAGUAAAAUAAUAAUGCAUUAUACUCCUGUAUAAGAAAAUUUAAAUUAAUUUUAAAUGUAAUAUUUAAUAAUAAAAACUAUUAAUAUAAAACUAUAUUGUAUUUUUAAUUAUUUGUAUAAAAAUAUUUUAAGAGUUGAUCCUCAGUCUCUCAUUCAGAGACUUUAAAACAGUCUCGCAGAGUCUCUCAUUAAGAGAUUCUAAAACAGUCUCGCCGAGUCUCUCAUUCGGAGAUUCUAAAACAGUCUCGCCGAGUCUCUCAUUCGGAGAUUCUGAAACAGUCUCGCAGAGUCUCUGAUUCGGAGACUUCUAUUACUUUAAAACAGUCUUCGGAAGUCUCUUCCUGAGAGAUUCGUAGAGAUCGAGUCUCUACGAGUCUCUGUGGUUGCCAACAC